AUGCUGAUCGCUGCAUCACAAGCUGGAAAUUGGGUCUCUAAGCACUUCACAGGCAAACAGAAAGCAUGGAGUGAGGCAACGCAGACUCGAGUGGACCUAGUCAAAAUCCUGCUAGAGCAUCUACAAAAAAUUAAGAUGAUGGGCUACUCCAGCGUGAUGGAGCUCAAGUAUCUGUUAGCAACAUUUUUGAACGCCCUUAGGCCUGCGAUUAUACUUGGAAUAUACACGGUUUAUGCCAAACUAACUAACCACCCUCCGCUUGAUACUGAUCGUGCUUUCACUUCUUUUGCUCUAAUCCAGAUGGUCACGUAG